UUAUUGACCGUACCAUCCCUUGAGUCCUCCUACCUGCACUCAGGUUCUGUUCGUCCUGUCAGGGUCCAUUCUGCCAUCACCCUAUAUACUCAAUCCACCACCUUUGAGGAUUCACUCUACCUUCCGCCGGGCGUGUGAUGCCUGAGACUUUCUUCUUGAGUGACACCGCUUGUUCGCGUUCCAGACUGUCGAAAUUCGACAUGCUUCACGACUUUCCGCCCUCGCACUACGAGAGCGAUGCGAUGUUCAGUACCUUUCACGACGGAGUGCUUACCGGAAAUGAUCACGACUGUCCUGUGUCUCCCCACUCGGUGCUCGACUGUCUCCCCGUCGAGGUGCCCUUGAAAAGUCCUCCCCCUCUUCAGUCCGGGUUCCUUGUAUGGAGCCCGAAGACGAGGGGCCUAGAGUUUGCACGGUUCUCGCCGCCCGUUUCGCCACACUUUGGAGGCAGGAGCCGCUUCCCCUCCGAGGCAUCCACGCUCUCUACUACUUCGACUGAUUCUUCUGGAUUGUAUGGCGAUGCGAGCGACCGCGAAGAUGAUCUUGAGGACUUCGUGUGGCCACCUGUGCCGCCCCCUACACCCUUUUCGUUCGAAGGCGCCGCCCCAGAAAAUGCCGAGGCGCCUGCGUUGCCAGCCGCGACGACGAUUCAAUUUCUGGAGAACCCACCGACUCCUCAUCCGUACCUGUGGAGGAGCCACAAAGAAAAUCUAUACAAAACGAAACCGUGCAAGUUCUUCUUCAAGGACAGGUCUUGUAUCAAAGGCGACAAGUGCAACUUUAUCCAUGACGAGUGGGAUCGUGCGCAUCGGACACCUCGGCCUUGGUACGAGAGGCGGACACUGCCUCCAGCGCGUCCUUUGUCCUCUAUGGGUCGUCGACAUGCAAACGACACGACCAGACAGCCUCACCCCACAACACCAAGGCCCACGGACCUUCAUAUGCUUCCACAGAAGCCUGCCGAGGACGCGCAACGGGUUUGCAGCCCGAACUACUACCCCAUAACGUGGCGCGUCAUCGGGGGCGGUGUUAUGAUGAGCGGGAGACGUGAGAUUUGUCAAGAGUUCAUGGCUGGACGCUGCCAUGACGGUAUCGACUGCAAAGACGCGCAUCCCGGAGGAGACGACGACGAAGACACGUCUUUCAAUAGCCCUCAUUCGUACAUGUCGCCACUAUCACCGGUCCAAGAGGAGCCGGCGUACAUUCCUCACAAUCCUCUUCCCCCCUUCAUGCUAUCCCCCGCGUCGUCCGUUUGCUCCCCAGUUCUGUGUUCUCCGAUUAUGUCCGCUGUCCCAGCGCAGCCGCCAGUGUACCCAGAGGAGCGCCGUCGUCGGGGUCGGAGGGCGAGGAAGCCACUCACCAUCAUCCCCCCUCCGCUACCUGAGCAGCCCGAGGUGGUAAGCUACUCUGCUCACCGGGUGCUCGACGGCAGAACGCUCCGCGAGCUGGAAGCCUCGCCCCCGCCAGCAAGUGCGAUGCCGGACUUGUCGCCGGACCAUCUGGACGUUGAGUCUGUGGGACGCGCGCUUGUCCGACCCUUGUCUACCCCGCCGAGCCUGAACGGGCCGCGCCUUCAGGUAGCAAAGCUGUUCGCUGCAGAAAUGCCCUGAGGCGUAGGCUCUUCAGCAGAGCCUCUUGGGUUUCCUCAUAUGUCAUCGGUCGAUCUCGCUGCACCAUAGCCUCAGGCUUCGAGCCGCACCGCCGUUAUUGGUCCCUCACUAUCCCGCAUACCCACGUUUGAUCUCGUUCGCGUCUCCCAUUGCAUACUAGGCAUCAUCGCAUGAUUGACCCCAUCCGCUUUAGUGCGGGUGUGAACAUUGUAUAGACUGUGACUGCGUCGGCUUUCCGUCCAUCCCGU